AGUUCAGCGGGGUGUGGUGUAUUUCAGUAGGCGAUCCGUCUUUGUGCAGCAGUGCAGUCAUUUUAUUUAAGUUUUGCAGUGUGUUGUACUUCAGUGUAUAGCUAUAUCAGAUCCUUUAAAAAUGUCUUUGGAAAUUUAUUUGGAUCUGCUUUCGCAGCCCUGUCGCUCUGUUUACAUCUUUGCCAAGAAAAACAACAUCCAGUUCGACCACAAGAAGAUUUCGCUUUUUGAAGGUUAUCAAUAUGGGGAAGAAUUUGGGAAAAUUAACGUGCUAAGAAAGGCACCAGCAAUCAAAGAUGGAGACUUUUGCUUGGCUGAAAGUAUUGCGAUUAUGAUGUACCUGGCUGAGAAGUUCCACACUCCAGAUUACUGGUACCCAGCUGACUUGCAGAAACGUGCUAGAGUAAAUGAAUAUCUAUCAUGGCAACACUCUUCCAUACGGAUAUAUGGAUCCAGGAUACUCUGGUUCAAGCUUUUGAUUCCAAAAGCUAUGGGAGUUGAGGUCCCUAAAGAAAAGAUGGACACUGCAGAAGAGAAUUUUGAUGCAUCACUGAAACUUUUUGAGGAGAAGUUCCUGCAAGACAGACCGUUCAUUGUUGGUGAUCAGUUUUCAUUGGCUGACCUGGUUGCUGUUGUGGAAAUCAUGCAGCCUAUAGGUGCUGGUAUGGAUGUGUUUGAGAACAGACCCAAGCUCAAGGCAUGGAAAGACAGAGUCAGAGAAGAAAUUGGGGCUGAGCUGUUUGACGAGGCCCACCAGGCAAUCCUCUCUCUCCAGGAGGCAGUGAAAACCAUGGAUCCCAAAAAGAUGGAGCCCCUUAAACCAAAAAUUUUAAAAGAUUUGCUCUCAUAAACAAGCUGGUAGUCAUUGUUGGUUAAAACAGCCAGUUAUUCAUCAAACUUUAUAAUGAUAAAAAACCUACUUUAUAAUUUUCUCAGUAAUUCCAUAUAAUUUCCAUUUUGUUUAACCACUAAGAAUGAAAUCAAUUAGCUUUAAUUAAAUUUAAUGACAUUGUCAUUUUUCAGUAAAUGAAUAUGAUAAUCAUUAAUGUUUCUCUGUAGACUUUACCUCAUUAAAAAAGAAGCAAACUGUGAAAUAGCAUGUUUCCAGCUGUGUUCACUCUCAAAAUUCUGAAUUGCUGCACUCACUGUGACCUUAUUGUUUGAAAAACUAGGCAAUAACACAUAGACACUCAAUACAGCAUUGUUUCAGAAAAUCACUCAACACCCAUGGGAAAGAGCUGGGAGGAAUGUUUCCUCCCUGUGUGUUUAGGGAAUGUAAUCAGAUAAUAUGUGUUUUCCUGCAGCAUGCUCUGCAUGGAUAGCACUUUUUGUUAAUUUCUUGUGUAGAAAAAGAGGGUAUGUUUAGUCAGCUUUUUUCCUAUAAAUCUCUCCAAUAUUGUCAAUAAAUGUAUCUUUUGCCAACA